CUGGAAUUAUUUUCCUCGCUUAUUUUUAGACAUGUUUCGAGCACAAAAGAUAUUGGUAAAUUUGUUGUUGUUGGUCUAAAAUCACGAACCGCCGGUGUUCGUCGACUCUAUGCACUUACAAGCCAUGCAGCAAGGAAAAGCACUGAUUUGGCUGAUACGCUAGAACGUGAAAUGUGCUGUGCACUGGAUGAAAAUAAUGAAAAUUACAUAGAUACACCGAAAUUUUUAAAAGUUUGUGCUCGAAAACGAUCUUCCACUAUUAUGCAUGCCACGGUUAUUUGA